UUUCUAAUAAUCAAGAAGAUUUACAAGAUGAAACUCAAUCAAAUGAAAGUGAAAGUGAUUAUAGCAUUUCUUCAUUAAAAGAUGAAAAUACUAAAGAAAUAGUAAAUAAUUCUGAGGAUAUUGAAUCUGAACAAGGAUGGAAAAAAAUAGUUGAAAAUUGGUUUGAUAUGCUAUUAGAGAAAAAUAAUAAAGAUCAAUUAAUGGAUUUUGUAUCUGUACAAGAAGUUACAAUUCAUCCUAAUAAUUCUGAAGGCAAGUGGAAGCUCGAAACUUUGUUUAUUGAUACAUUAGAUACACCUACUUUUAUUGGCAAUUUAAAGAUAUAA